GACACAUUCAUUACAGUGCGAUUAAAUAAUUUUGUGUCAUGUAUCGCCCGAUUCCAUAAGAUUUUAUUAUUCACCGAAACAAACCCCAAAAUAGCGCUACGGUAAAAGUACAUGUACCGGACUAGAGUCAGCUUUCAGUCGUAUAGAAAAUUUCUUUUAUAUAAUCCGACAUACACUAUUCAUCCCACUAACAAAAGGCUUUCUUUAGCCAUUGUGCAGGGAUUCUUCAAUUUUAGGCGUGAAUUCUUCAUUAAAUUACAUUUUCAUUACUGAUUUUUCUUUUUAGUUUUCAUAUUCUGUGAUUUCUCUUACGAAUUUGACCCAUAUAUAUUUACUCACAAUUUGAAACUGCCAUUGCGUUUUCACUUUUGUAGCUACAAACGAACCGUUUACUAGCACGUUGAUCUGAGCUCUUACUGCAUUGAAAAUUGCUGAAACUAUUUAGGGCUUUUUCCCUCUUUUCGAAUACUGUUCUUGUACACAUUGGUUAACAAGAUUGAGGAUCGUUUCUUUGGCUGAAGAUUAUUUUCUUCAAUCAUUUUAUCUCAUUCUAUUGAAAAUUAGCGUGUGCCUCGAAUAGUUUUCGUGUAUUUCGCAAGUAAAUUUUUGGAAUCAAGAAAAUUUGCAUCUAUUACUUCGCCACCGAAGGUUUCCCUUGAUUCUCUUUGCCAUUUGGAGCUAGUUUCUUCAACUGUUUUGCAUUUCUUUUUUAUUACCAUAUUUCAUGGGCCGUCAUUACCCUCUACGACUUACGAGUCAAUAUUAUAUUUGCAUUCAUUGCAAAACUCACCUUGCAUUCAAAGGCCAUUUAAUCAGUCGGGACUAUACGGGUCGCUAUGGUCGUGCAGCUCUCAUUAAGAAAAUAGAAAAUGUGAUUGAAAUGCAGUCAGUCACUGAGGAAAUGCUAUCUGGGAAAUAUAUCGUCCGCCGUGUGCAUUGCUGCCGAUGCCAUGCAAAUGUUGGUUGGAAGUACGUAUUCGCUUAUAAACCAUCAGAAAAAUACAAAGAAGGUGCCUAUAUACUAGAAUUAAAUGUUUCCUCUCUCAUUCGCGAUGAAAUUGAUGCAAGCGAAUGUAUCGUACAACCUCCCAUUACCUUUUUGUCGUCCUCCUUAUAGAAACGUUACCCGAGAUGAUUGUGUCGGAUCUGACAUACAUACAUCUUAUUAUUUAUGAUCCUGCGUCUGGAUUGAGGAACUGUGAUUCUAUCCGUUGGUUAUACUGUGGUAAUAUUAUAUACUGUGAUUUUCUAUUUAAAUUUUCUCUUUUUGUUAUCCGCCUUGGUUUUCAUUAUUUUAUUAUUUUAUCUUUCUUUUGGAAAAAAGUUCCAAGUUCCUGACUUUUGCACGCGGUUAGUUAUUCUGGAUGUUAGGGAUUCUACAUCUCUUUUCUGGGAUCGCUCUAAUUCGUUUUCACUUGUGUGCGUAUAAUUCCCAAAUCGAUCAAUUGUUUUUCUUUUUGUUCAUUUCAUAUCACUUUUAUGCUGUUUUGCAGAUAUUGCGAUUUCAUUUCAGUUGGUAAAUGCUUCAUAUAUAUUUAAUUGUUUAGACACUCAUUUAAACAGAAUAUUGUACUAGACUUUCGUGUACACCUCUCCUUUCUUGAGCAUUUCAGUAAACCAUGAUUCCUACUUAUUUUUUAAUACAAAAGCAAAAUAGAAGAAUCUUUGUGCCAAUUUUCUUACGCUCUGCUUCUCUCUUCGCAUGCCCCCAAUGCAGAAUAGAUUGAACAAGCUGUGAUGAUUUUUGGUAUAGCCUUUAGUUUUCUAAAGUACUAUACUAAGUAACAGCUGUUUGUUACCUUCCAAACUCCCAUGUAAAGAGUGGAUACGUUAGAUGAGAUAGACUUCCACCAUAAAAAACCACUUCUCCCCUUUCACUCAUAGUUUAGGUGUAAUUUCAUUGUUUUUUCUGAUU